AUGUCUGUCCAUGAUAACUGGAAGAUACCUGCUGCUGCCCCUCUCCCUCCUAUCCAAGAAGACCCUGCCACUCCAGUUCCUUCAAGACCUGCCACUCCCAUGAACCCUGCCUCCCCCAUGGAUGUUGUGCGUAGCCCAGGGGGGCGCUCCAACACAUCUGAGAUGUCUGUGGAUGCCCCUCCGUCUCCAGAGCCUGAGGAGGAGGCGUCAGAGCUCUACGAUGUCCCAGAGGGCACCCUCGCCACCUGGGGCUUUCAGAUCAGUAGCCGGCUCAAAGCCCUGGUCUGUAUGGGCUGCAAAUCUGUUGUCACCCCUGCCGCCGCUGUCUCGCACCACCACAAGCCACCCGCCAUCGCCAUCUCGCACCACCGCAAGCCAGCCAAGUUGGCUGUUGACAAGACCGUGCUGCAGGCGCUCGUGGACCAGGGGUUGAUUCAGACUGGGUGGCCUGCUGUUGCGCCUGGAGAUGUAGAGUACCAGGGGCUUGAGCGUAAGUGGGGUGCCGGGUGCCCAGUCGAGGGGUGCUCCCUCAUGUUCACCUACAACAAGGGUGCUCUUGCCCACACUCGUGAAGAUCACGGCCUUGCACUCGAGUCGAAAGACUUGCGCACGGGCUGGAUGCAGCGCCUCUCGCAGCAAGAAGCCAAUCAUCACUCCUGGUUCCCUGUCGUUGCCCGCUCUUCCUAUCUGCCUGGCCCCUCCGCCAACUACCUUCUUGCCUUGCGCCAGGAGCUUGACACCCGCCCGCCUAUCCCUGCUGCCGAGCUGGACCACCGCCACAUCAGUCCCUGGCACGUCACCACCCGCUGGAUGCAGUACAUGGAGGGCAAGGAUCCGCAGAUGAUGCUCAAUCUGAUUGAGCUUCCCAAGGACGGCCAGCCGUUUUUCUACCUCAUUGCCUGUGUCCGCAACUACAUAGACAAGGCGUACCAGUACAUCCCCACCACUAGCGAGGUCUGCCUGCAGAUCUUGAACACGGACACGGACAUUAGCAACUUCAACCAUCAGCCAUUCGCGCAACAUCAAGCAGAGCCCACUCUCCGUGCGUACAGGCAGCUCGUGGAGCAGCUCCUCCUUCUUCUGCUCCGUGCGGAGGAUGACAUGGACCUGCCUGCGGAUGUGGGUGACCUGCUCACUGCUCUGCGCCAUGCCUUGGACCGGGACAUGGAUGACGCUGUGGCAGCCAUCCACCGUCUUCUGCUUGCGCUGUGGAUGCGUGAGUGGACCCCUACUGCGGACAACCUCUUCCCGGACCCCACUGUUCGCUUCGUGAUCCACACGCAAGUGGAGAAGGAUGGCAGCCUGAAGAAGCCAGCGAACGUGACUGGCAUAUUUGCUAAGCUCGUGUACAACAUGCGCUUGACAUUCCUGUACGAGUGCCACCAGCGCCUUUCGCAGCCAGAGCAUGCCCCCACCCUCAAGCAGUCUGCGCUGGACCUGCGCAAGUGGUUUACAGUGGGCUGCGAGUCUACAUUCCACUCGCUCAGGUCUCUCCAGCACCGCGCAUCCAGCAUUACCAUGUCCACGCAGAACGAGCCGGACAUGGUGUGGAAGGAGGGCACCAACUUCUCCACGCUGAUCUACCUGGGCAAGGAGAUCUCUCUCGAGGCGCUGCGCGAGUGCCAGGGUGCCUUGGAGGACGCAACCAAGAAGCUUCUCGAAGAGACUCUGCUGCUUGGCCACCACUUCCCCAUCGACAUUGCUGCGCUCACGGACGACAUGGGCAACAAUGAGGCUGGCUACUCGCUCUUCGAGGACCGUCUGAAUGAGGACGUUCUUGGCCCCAAGGAUCAGCUGGCCAACUACAUCCUCAACACUCCUGCGCUGCGUAAGCGCUUCGUGGUCAGGGUCGAGGGCGAGAAGGUCAUCUGGAACACUGUGGAGCUGGCUAUCUGGCUGUCUGGCUUCACCCAACUCAACCUGCUUUGUCUCAUCCAAGCUGAGAUGAACUGCGGUGCCCCUGGGCGGACAACAGAGCUGACCGCCAUGCCUACUGCCAACACUCCUGGUGGCAUGCUCCGUGCCCUGCGCAUCAUUGGGGAGUACAUCGUGCUCAUGCGGACGUACCACAAGAUGCGCGCGGCCUCUGGUCUGGACCGUGUCAUCCCCCACGCCCUGAAUGCAGCGCUCGCAGCCGUGUUCAUCUACAAGGAGGCAAUCUGCCGCCCUUUUGCCCAGCUCUGUGCAAGUGUGCUGUUUCCUGGCGACCAGAAGGUGAAGUCUCUCUACCAGGACUUCCUGUUUGUCAACUAUGACAGGCCCUUCGUCGGGGACGACAUCACCAACGAGAUGAGGGUCUGGACCCAGCAGCAUCUGGGCAUCAAGCUUGGCAUCUCCAAGUGGCGCCAGUGCUCUACCCCUUUCCGCCGCAAGCACGCUGGCCUAGAGGAGAUGUGGCUGGAGGACCAGGACACCGUGGACUCUGCGCAGGCUGGGCACUCGCACAGCGUGGACACUACCCGCUAUGGUGUCACCAACUGGUCUGCAACUGGCCUGGCAGAGGACUACAUUGGGCCUUUCCUCAAGACUUCUGUGCUCUGGCAGAAGGUUCUUGGCCUGGUUCCAGGUGGAGAACGUCUCUCUCUGGCUGCUGCUGCACGUGCCAACUUCAAGCCUGCCCCUGCCCGCCUUCCCAUUGCUGCUCCAGGUGGGCUGGAUGUGCAAGCCGUGGUGCAGGCAGCCGUGCAAGCAGUCAGGGAUGAGCUAGAGCCAAGACUCGCUUCCAUGGAGCGGCGCCUCCUUCAAGAGACGUCGCAACGCAUUCAAGACACAUCCACCUCAACCAAGCAAGAGUUGAGAGGGAUGUUUGACGAGCUCAAGACCUUCCUGGCUGGUGCCAGUGUUCCAGGACCUGUGCCUGGCCCCUCAGUGCAGGCGCAACCGCAUGUACCUAUACCCCGUCGUUCUCCCAGCCCUGAAGACCGCACGGCAGGCAUGUACCAGGAUGACCCGCUCCCUGUCCCCAUUUCAACACCCCCUCGUGUCCCAACUCCUGCUCCAGAGCCAGAGCCAGAGCCAGUGCAAGAGCGAGACUUAGACUCUGGCUAG